AUGGCGUUUGUUAUUAAGCUGCUAUUUUUAACAGCGAUAGCAUAUAAUGUUAAUGCCGGGGUUCUUACUGGACAUCACAGCGAUGAUUCCUUUUUAUCUUCAGCACUAGAUUCUCCUUCAGCUAACUUUGGGCCACCAUCGACAUCUUAUGGACCGCCAGACUCAGCUGUGGAUAUAAGUGGACCAGGAGCAAGUGCUGAGGGAAGCUUAUUAGCUGACGAUCAAUCUUCUGGCGCCAUCAGCAAUGGGCAUAUAGGAGACGUGAAUACCUUUUCAAAUGGACCCGACUUAAGCAGUGGUCCCGGCGAUGCAGGCAUUGCAAGUUCAGGGCUAAGCGCUGGCACUAUCUCUAGCGGUGCAUCAGCAUUCGGUUCUGGCGGACUUGAGGGUGUAUCAAUUGGAGGACCUGUCCUGGGAAACAAUGGUGGAGCAAUUCUGGAUACUGCGUUCAAUGUUGGGACCACAGCCGUUGGACCACCGCGUGUGAUAGGUACAGCUGUUACAGUAAGUCGAGGAGUACCUACCGCUUCCAGGUAUGAACUUCAAUCCGUCGUCCAAAACGUUGUACGUCGUAUUCCAAUAGAAGUAACUCGUCAUGUGCAGGUUGCUAUACCCCAACCCGUACCCGUUCCAGUGCGUCAGGAAAUACGAGUUCCCGUACCACAACCCUAUCCCGUUCACGUUGACGUUGUCAAGCACGUUCCUUACCCAGUCCACAAAACCGAGCACGUGGAGGUUGAAAGACCAGUACCAGUUGAAGUCGUAAAACAUGUGCCUUUUGAAGUCAUUAGGAAAGUACACGUCCCAGUUGAAAGGCCGUACGAGGUCAUCAAGAAGAUACACGUACCUGUAGAAAAGCACGUUGAAGUGCCCGUUCCCGUAUGGAAGCCCUAUCCUAUUCAUAUUAUUAAACACGUCACCCACUACAAAAAGAAGAGCUGUUGCUGGUAA